GAGGAGAGGAGGGGUUCAAGCGCGCACCCAUCGGUGAGGUGGCAGCGGUUCUCAGCGGCUGGAGCAGAACCCGGGGAUUUAUUUAUUUAUAUUAAUUUGUAUUUAUUUUUAUUUUUAUUUAUGUGUGCGCGUGUGUCCGGUGCUCACACCCUGUGCCUUUGAAGCAGCAGUGGGGAAGGAGAGAGGAGGUCCAGAGAGGAGGAGGACAAUGGAGGGGAUGCAGGCGUACGGAGCGGGGAAAGCCGGAGGAGCCUUCGACCCCGUCACCUUCCUCCAGCAGCCUCAGACCAUUCUCCGCAUAGUGUCUUGGCUCUUCUCCAUUGUGAUCUUUGGCUGCAUUGCCAAUGAGGGUUAUAUCAAUCGCCCUAAGGAAGUGGAAGAGUACUGCAUCUUCAACCGGAACCAGAAUGCCUGCAAUUAUGGUGUCUUUAUGGGCUCCAUGACCUUCCUCUGCUGUGUUGCAUUUCUGGCUCUGGAUGUCUACUUUCCUCAGAUCAGCAGCGUCAAAGACCGCAAAAAGGCUGUCCUUGCUGAUGUAGGGGUGUCAGCAUUUUGGUCCUUCAUGUGGUUCGUGGGUUUCUGCUUUUUGGCCAACCAGUGGCAGGUGACCAAGCCAGAGGACAACCCCCUGAGAGAGGGAGGAGAUGCUGCCCGGGCAGCCAUCACUUUCGCUUUCUUCUCAGUCUUCACUUGGGCGGGUCAGUGCUUCUUCGCCUUCCAGAAAUACAAGCUGGGGGCUGACUCGGCCCUCUUCUCGCAGGACUACACUGACCCCAGCCAGGACGCAGCCGGAGCCCCCUACACAUCGUUUGGAGGGGAUGACUUGGAGAGCCCGGGUGGUGCAGGGGGCCAGACGAACAGCGACGGGGCCUUCGAUGGCACUGGAGGCUACCAGCGUCAAGACUACUGAGAUGUCAAGUGUCUAAUUUAGACGUCGUGAAAAUGCCCCAAAAUUCUAAUUUCAAGUAUUUUACGUUGUUUCUGUCAAACUGAACGCGAACCGAACCAGUUUUCAAACACUUCUAGUCCAACUUUACGCUAAACUGUUCAAAGUUUUAUUCAGUCACAGGCAUAAUAAUGAUAAGCAGUAGGAAUUGUGGGGAUUGGCUGAUUUUCAUCUGAUGUGUAAGUCAGAAAUUUCAGACAUCGUUCCAGACUCUGAUGUACGUCACACACAACCUCUGGUAUGUUUCUGCACUUUACAUGAACAAGUUCAGAAGAAUCUAAGGUUGUGGAUUACAAAGAGUGAGUGUCACUGUAGGUAUUGAGGACCUGUGGGAGUUUAGGACACUAUUGGCAGAAGGGGAGGUUUGGGGAAAUGGUCAUCCCAAGGCCGACCAAUGUUUGCAAUCAUACAGUUUUGAUCUUUUAAGGUCAGUCGGCACAAUGACUGCAUCAGUGUUGUGUAUAACGCACAUAUACAGACAGAUUCAGGGCACAUUGAAAUUAGAUGCCCGUUUUCGAGGACAAAACCUAAUGGUGUAUUACAGACAAGCAUAUCUGGCAACAAAACACUUUUGUGUAAAAUGAAAAGAGUGUGUGUAUGUGUCUAUUGACAGAUCUAUGUUUUGUUCUUUUUUCUCCUAAUGUGAGAUACGCUGUUUGUCUUUUCUGCGAAGCUCUUUUCUUUUGCUCGAUUGUUGCCUUAGUGCUGACUGUCAAGCAAAUACCAACAUGCAAGAGUACGCCCAACAUACACCACAGUUCACCCUCUGAAUCUUUCAUGUUGAAACUUUAGCUUUAGUUGGAUUUUGUAUUGUUUUAGUCUUUAAGAGCAUGAAGCUCUUGGAACAAAACCGAGCUUCGUCCAUAUUAUGCAGCGUUUCAUUAAAACCAUAUAAGUCAAUGUCUGGUCACUAUACAGAGAACUGCUGUGAAGGAUUUACAGUUUAUUUUUUUCUUAUGGAUUAAAAAAUAAAUUUUCAAAUGAAAGAAUGAUCUACAUCCUGAGUAUUUAUGAACAUGCAUUGCUUGAUUUCCUCAUACAAUAAAGUUUACCUAUAUCUCUGAAUAUACGGUAUGUAAAUCUAUAAUUUACUGUAUUUCAAUGUUUGACAGAAAGAGUUUGCUUUAUUUUAGGGCACAAUUCUAGUCCUGUAAAAAUAAUCUGAAAAUAAAUAAAGAAGUUUUAUUGUCUAUUGAGUGUUUGUGUGACUAUAU